UAUAUAUAUAUAUAUUUUCAAUCAAUGGUAUUUAUUGGUAACGAGUCUGGUUAUGUACAUGUAGUACAUGCAGUACCAACCGAAACACUGUUUAGGAUUCUAAAGACACCCAUUUACUAGUAUUAUAUUGUGAUAACAUUGAUAUUAACAAACAGAUAAAAAAAUAAAAUUAUAUCAAUCGUAAGGAAUAGGUUUAAAAAGCUUUUUUACAUGUUGAUCCUAAUAUUUACCCUUAUUAAAGGGCAAUAACUCUUAAUGUAAUUACACAUAAUUUAUAUAUAAGAAUUUAAUAGUUAGAUUACCCUAUACAUAUGAAAUAUGUACAGAUAUGACAUACAUUAUAAAAAAAAGUCCUAGACAACCACAGUAAGUUACAUGACUAUAUACAUAUACUGAUACAUGUGUUUACUCAGUGUAUGAAAACAUCAUUGGUUUCAUCCAGAAAAAUUUUAGCGUUUCAUAACAUAAGUUUUUAAAGGUCUGGUAAAAAUUAAUUAUGCAUAGGGCCUUAAAUUGUUUCAUAUACAUCCACUGUUUAUUUUAUGCAUAGAUUCGGAUAGCCACUUGGAUCAAUCGACAGAUUUCGAAUCAGGUGAAGAUACUGAUAUCAACACUGAUGAAGAACUUCCAGAUGCACCGAGUAUGCCAAAAAAAAAGCGAGGCAGACCUGUUGGAUCAAAGCGUAAGGCCGAAACUGAUUCGUCAGACCACGAAGAGGAUAUCGAUAAGCAGGAAACUGCAAGCCGCAAGAUAAGGGGUCCAAUCCCUUUUUCUAAAUGCAUUGCCCUAAUUUGCUGCGCAGUUGCCUGCCUUACACUUAUAGGCCUUGAUGUUAUGGUGGCUCAUCGGGAGGAGUUUCAGGCUCUUUCAACAAAAGAAAAGCGACAGUGGCUUUUAGAUUAUUUCUGGAGUCACUCAAGAUUCAAUGAAGAAACCAAUUCAUGGUCCUAUCUGUAUGUCAUCGGGACAACAAGCGUGUGCUGCGCUGCGUUCAGGAUGGUUCUGGGCAUUCCAAGAUCAACCUUUUAUGCAGUUCGGAAGAUGUUCUUGAGCAAACAAAGAGUAGUGGAAGAAACAAGGGGUCGGAAAAGAACCACACAGAGUUUAUCGGGUAUUGCAUGGCUACUUAACUACGCUGAAAAUUUUGGUGAGAAGCUGCCAAACACAUGCAACAUCCAUCUGCCACCAUGCUCAACGAAGACGCAUAUUUACGAGACCAUGGUGAUGGAAUCUCAGGCUGACUUCCCUGACCCUUUAUCACAGUCUCAUUUUCUGCGGCUAUGGAGGGAAGAAGCCAGACACAUAGCCAUACCGAAGAACUGCCGUUUUUCGAAGUGCAAUACUUGCACCCUGAUUAAGAUAAAGCUUGGUGAAACAAAAGAUCCACAGAAAAGGAAGUUAUUGCAGGAAAAAAGAGCCAGGCAUCUACGUAAACAAAAUCUCGAACGUCAAAAAUACUACAAACACCAGCAAAAGGCAAAAUCCUAUCCAAACAGGUAUCUGUCACUCAUAAUAGACGGAAUGGAUCAGAGUAAGACUCAACUCCCACACUUUGUGCAUGCCAGUAAAUUUACCUCCGCCAUGUGGAGGUUGCGUGUGCACUUGGUAGGGGUAAUAGUACAUGGGAUUGGGGUAUACGGCUUUUUCGAUUUAUUUGAAUACAGCCAUUCCACCAAUCUGACAUUAUCUGUUUUGUUGAGUGUCAUUUACAUGCUGAGGGAGUCUCUUCCGGAUGUCCUCUAUCUCCAAAUGGACAACUGCGCGAGGGAGAACAAGAAUAGGUAUUUGUUAGCGUUCAUGGCUUACCUAGUGGAAAAGGGUGUGUUUAGGAAAAUCAAGGUUUCCUUCUUGAUGGUGGGCCAUACCCACGAGGACAUUGAUCAGGUGUUCUCAAAAUUCAGCCACUGGUUGUGUAAACAUGCAGCAAUGACCCUGGAAAAGCUGAUGGAGGGAUUUGAGAAGUGUUAUACUCCAACACCAACAAGCAUACGGACCUCCACGGUGUUCAACAUCACCGAGUGGCUUAUUCCACAUCUUAACACCAUCAAAAACCACUCCAAGCCACAUAUUUUUAAAAUCGCAAAAGAUGACAAUGGCAGGGCUAGAAUUUUUUGGAAAGAGUGGUCUACAGACAAAACUUGGAAUGCUACUGGGGAUUAUCUUCUGAAGACGCAGGUAGAGGACUCGCCAGACGUCGUAGAGAGCGACUACACGGAGAUAGCUUCUAACAUCGAGAAGCUGGAGGGAGAUGUCAGGGCAAGCUUUAAAUAUUUUGCUAAAGAGGACGACAAAGAUUGGUGGAGGUCAUUUUUUGAAAACUAUGAUGAAAUAGGCAAUGACACAGAGUGGUUCAUUGAAGAAAUCCUCGACUCUAAAGCAGAACCAAAUUCUCAGGACAGUGCUAGCGUCUUUGAUUUCGGCGUUGACGAAGAUGUGCCCAUACCUCCGGCCUGCGGACCCAGAAACUCAGCACAAGAGGUCCAGGUAGAUGAUUUUGUUCUGGUGGACAUUCCAAAGUACGCAGGGGAAUGGCCUCAAGUCUGCUGCAUUCUGGGUAUUGAUUGUCAACAUGUGACUGUGAGGUGGUACAAGGGAUCCAAGACUACUGCUUGGACUCCGUGUACUAGGCGUGUCAAGGGCGCCCGAGGGAAGACUGAGCCCUGGACUGAGACAGUCUCCAGAUCUCAGAUCUGGACAUCGGGAUUUGCUCUCACACCGUCCGGAUUGCUCCCAAAGAAAAUCAGAGAUGAUUUGGAGGUAUAUGAACAGUAUUAA